AUGUCCUCUACUGCUAGAUACCAACGAAUAGAACCUUAUGAAACAGCCUCAUCCAUCUCAUCAAUACAAGGAUCAUCAUCUAUCUUUACUACUACACAAGACAACAUUACAAACUACUUGGAGGAUCAACGACCCCUUCUUUCAUCAGCAGCAACAUCGAUCACAACCCAACCCGAUGACAUUGAAGGCUGCGAGACCAACGACUUGGCAGUAGCAUCGCCCAUGAGCUGUUCGAUCAACCUCCUCAACACCAUCUUGGGUACAGGACUCUUAGCCAUGCCUGCAGCUUUAGCUUCGAUUGGUCUGAUACCUGGUAUCCUGGUAGUCAUGCUAUCGGCAGCAGCAUCCGGAAUGGGGUUAUUCUUUCUGUCACAAUGCGCAUCACGUACCGAUGGACGACACGCUUCUUUUUUCGCUAUUUCCAAAUUGACAUGGCCUGGGAUGGCGAUCUUCUUUGAUUUGGCUAUUGCGAUCAAGUGCUUUGGUGUCGGUGUCAGUUACCUUAUCAUCAUUGGCGAUCUCAUGCCCCAGGUGGUUGCUUCAUUCUCGGAUUAUGCUCAAGAUCCUAUAUUGACUGAUCGACGCUUCUGGAUCACCGUAUUUAUGGCGAGCGCUAUUUUGCCAUUGAGUUUCUUGAGAAAGCUGGACUCUCUCAAAUAUACCAGCCUUGUUGCAUUGAUUGCUGUCGUUUACCUCUGCACCAUUGUUCUUUAUUACUUCUUUUCCAUUUCCAAUCCCGUCCACCCUCCCGUCAUAGAAUACGCUACUUUUUCUUCGGACUUUUUCAGUCGUUUGCCGGUCUUUGUUUUCGCUUUUACUUGCCAUCAAAACAUUUUUUCCGUAUACAAUGAGCUCAAGGAUAACAGCCAACGUCAAAUCAAUUCCGUCAUUCGAUACUCCAUUGGUACAGCAUGCACUAUUUACGAAGCUAUUGGCAUCCUGGGAUACUUGACAUUUGGCAAGGAUGUGCUUGGAAACAUUAUCCUCGAAUACCCUCCCAGCAUCUUUGUAGCAGGUGGAAGACUUGCCAUUGUCAUUCUUGUGGUGUUCAGUUACCCAUUACAAGCCCAUCCAUGCCGUGCCUCAUUAGACAAGAUCCUUGCAUGGCGUACUCCCGAAGCACGUGGUCUCAAAGUGCCACCUCCACCAUCAGCAAUCAAGUAUUUUAUAAUGACCACUGCUAUUUUGAUUGGCAGCUAUGCUCUUGCAAUCACCGUUACCCAGCUUGAUGUGGUGCUGGCAUUUGUUGGAUCAACAGGAUCGACCACGAUUUCAUUCAUUCUUCCGGGGCUGUUCUAUUACAAGAUCCAUGAGAAUGACCCUUGGAAACCAGGCAAGAUUACGGCCGUUUGUUUAGCUAUCUAUGGAGUGAUGGUCAUGUGCAUUUGUUUGACAUUCAACAUUCUCAAAUUGCUCCAUUAA